GCGGAGACUACCAAUUGUAAUGUGCCGUCUAAGAAUGGCCGAAACGGUAAAAGAGGCAGUUACUUUUAUUGAACAAGGUCACAUUCGUGUUGGACCAGAAACCAUUACUGAUCCCGCAAAUCUAGAAGACUUUGUUACUUGGGCAGAUACUUCAAAGAUAAAAUGCAAGAUCAUGAAAUAUAAUGAUAAGCUUGAUGAUUUUGACUUAUUAUAA